AUACGAAAGUACCAAACUCCACAUAUCUCAGCUCAGCCGCCCCUGCAACGCGUCCUCUCUCAGUGUCCGAAUCUCCACCAUUUUCCUCGUCAUCUUCUUCAUCCACAAAACCCGUUGAUGAUUAUCCACCUAUAUAAGUAUCAAGAUACAGAGAUUCAUACAUUAUAGUCGUUUGUAAAGAUGGGUUCUACAAUGUCAGAUCUGAGCAAAAAGAAUAACCUAGAAGAGAUCGAUCACUUUGAUAGGCUGCCUGAUUCUCUUCUUCUCUUGAUCUUCAACAGUAUUGGUGAUGUCAAGGCGUUGGGUCGAUGCUGCGUCGUUUCUAGGCGCUUCCACUCCCUUGUUCCCUUGGUCGACAGCGUCGUCGUUCGCGUUGAUUGCGUAAAUUCCGAUGAUUGUUCUUCUUCCUCUGCCGCCCCCGCUUCAGGCAGGUCCCGUCCACGUUCAUCCGAUGCUGGAGGUUUGGACCUUGGUUUUGAUCAGAAUAGCGUGCUGAGCCACCAUUCCCCUACUCAAGUCCUGAAAUUUUUUAAGGAAAUCAGGUGCCUCAGAAUAGAAUUACCUGGUGGGGAGCCUGGGAUUGACAACGGUGUUUUGAUUAAGUGGAAGGCAGAGUUUGGGUCCACGCUAGAUAAUUGUGUCAUUCUUAGAGCUUCUGCUGUUAUUACGGCCGCAAACAGUGCGUGUUCGAGUGCUUGCAAUGUUAAUAAUGAUAAUGAAGCUGAGGAUGAUAAUGGGAACAUACCCGAGUCGUUUUACGCGAAGUGGACAGUAAGCUCCUUAAUUUCUGCUUCAGCAAGUCAUUACAUGCUGCAGCCAAUAAUAGCAGAGCACAGGAAGUUGGACAGUUUGGUUUUGACUGAUGCCGAUGGGCAAGGGGUGUUGUCGAUGAAUAAGGACCAAUUGGAGGAGCUGAGGGUGAAGCCUUUAUUAGCCUCCGCUUCUAAUAGGACUUUGGUUCCAUCUCUCAAAAUGCAGCUGUGGUACGCCUCUCUUUUGGAAUUACCCAAUGGAAUGGUCUUGAAAGGGGCAACUCUGGUUGCAGUCAGGCCCAGUGAACAGCCAAAGGAGGUGAUCGGUUCAGAAGGAAAUUGGGUUGCCUCAAAACUCGAGGAGCCAUUCGGGACCGCAGCAAGGAUGUUGAUGAAAAGAAGGACUUAUUGUCUGGAAAUGAACUCAUUCUAAGAUGAGCUUCGCUCAAGGGUUGGAUCAUGAAUGUUCUUAGGUAAUUCUUGCAAGACUUUGAGCAAAAAUUUCCGUAUACUUGUUGUCUAUAAUAUGUAUUCACAGAUAUGCUUUGAUUAUUUUCGUUUGUAUUGCCAUUAGUUGUCUGUUCCCAUAUAAUUUUUUGAUGGUUACUCUUUUCAAUUACUAGUUUUUAUGAAGAGAGAGGAAUUGAUGUGCCUGUGUCCCUGAAAUUAUGUGUCUAAUUUAGCCUGAGCCAUCCAGUUCUUUUACGAUCUUGGGGCACAAUCUUGACUUAGGUUUGCCUUUGCUGUCUAAAAAAUUUGAUUCUUAUGCUUUUUAUGAUAUAUAUUUGAUGAUUGGACC